AUGCCACCGUACGGAAGGCUCGAGCCGUUCGAGGGAGAUGGGUCAGCCUGGCCAAUUUACGAGGAACAAGCCCUCUUGUUCUUCCCGGCAAACGACACACCCGAGGCCAUACAGCGGGACAUUUUCCUCGCCAGCUGCGGGACCCGCAUCUUCAGUCUCCUGCUCGAUCUUCUCAAGCUAGCCACGCCGCAUGUUAAGACGCUGGCGAGGGCCUGCGCCUUCGGGGACCAACUGGACUCGCUGCUUCGGGACCGUUUCGUCUGCGGCAUCAACAACACCGCCAGGCAGACGCAACUCCUGGAGCUUCCCGACCCCUCGCUAGACGCCGGCGAGAUUGCCCGUGUGACUGGCUCACCGUCGGCGGAAGCGGCAGUCAACAAGUUGGCGACAGAGUGCCGCUUUGUACCGUCGUCUGUGCCGCCGUACAUGCUGACCAUCGAAUUCUGCGGGCACCCCAUUUCCAUGGAUCUGGACACAGGGGCCAGCGUGUCAGUAAUGUCCGGGAAACAAUUCAAGCGUACUUUUCCCGGCGUGUCCGUCGAGGCUUCAGGGGUGAUGCUGCACAGCUAUUCCGGGCAGCUCUCUCAGGUCCAGGGCCAGGCACAGGUCAGCUUUCGCUUUGGCGACAUGGAGGCAACCCUUCCCAUUUACUUAACCAAGGGGUUGUUGCCGACGCUGCUGGGCCGAAACUGGAUUCACGCACUGGGCAUUCAUCUGCCAGAGUACCAGGAAGCCAACCUGCAUGUGUUGAAAGACGUCCCCAGGCUCCUGAUUGAGUUCCAGCCAGGGGGGGCACACUCGUCGCGAGAGGGCAUCCUGGUGCCCAUCAAGACGUCUAAAUGGGCCGCUCCCAUCGUACCAAUCCUCAAGCGAGACGGCAGUGUCAGGAUCUGCGGAGAUUUUAAGGUUACCGUCAACCCCGUUGCUACCGCCGAGAAGUACCCGCUGCCCCGGAUUGAAGAUCUCUGGUCAGCGUUGUCCGGUGGACCGAAGUUUACCAAGCUUGACCCCAGAGAUGCUUAUCUGCAGCUGGUGCUCCUCGAUGCCUCCCGGAAGUGUGUCACAAUAUCGACAACUUUGGGGCUCUUCCAGUACACGCAAUUACCGUUUGACGAGGCCUCAGCCCCAGCCAUACUUCCGAGGGAGAUGGACAACCUCUUCAGGGGCAUGAGGCACGUGGCGGUGUACUUGGAUCUCAUCCUAGUUAUUGGCAGCGACGACAGAGACCGCCUGCAAAAUCUGCACAAUGUCCUGGCUGGCCUAGCCCCGGCUCCCCGCCAAGUUGAUGCUGUGCUCAAGGCGCCUAAGCCCCGGAAAAAGGAGCUUCAGAGCUACCUCGGCCUCAUCAACUUCUACCGGAGUUUUCUGCAGAACCUGUCGGAUCAUCUACAGCCGCUCCAUCUUCUGCUUCGAGAUGGUCAGCAAUGGGCCUGGAAGAAGGAGCAGGACCGGGCUUUCCAGCAGAGCAAGGAGCUAAUCACCGAGACUCCAGUACUGGUGCACUUCGAUCCUACCAAGCCUGUCAUGCCAAGCCUGACUGUAGAUGCGUCGCCGUACGGCGUGGGAGCCAUCCUGGCGCAGGGGGACAAAGAUGGCCAGGAACGCCUGCGUCGUUUGCUUCUCGUCGGCUUCAUGCUGCAGGCAUACACCUGCAUCACCUUUGGGUCUAAUGACAGAAAGAUCAAGGCCAGCCUGGCGUCCAUGCUUGCCAAGGGGAAGUAG